AUGAAUAAAAUUGAAGUAAAAGCUUUCUAUGAAGAAUUGGCAACCUUUGAAGGAGGUAUAAGCAAUAUGUCAAUCAGCAUUCAAAAUGUUACUGCAAAAUAUUUACAAAAACGACAACAGGCACUGCAUUAUUAUUCUAUUACGUAUUAUUCAAAUGGUAAUAUACCUUAUACAACUAUUACAAUCACAGAAGCUGUGACUUCUCAGAAACGCCAACCCCAAUUACGCUUACAGCCCAAUAAUUUGUACCCAAGUGAUGUUGAAUAUGUUGUUUUGGGUACUAUUUGCAGCGCAAUUGUUGGCACACUUGGUGGUAUUGCUUUAUCAUUUGGAAUUAAUAAGAGACCAACACCCAUCAGCGACUCAACAUGA